AUGCAUCAAACAAACAUAUUAAAUCAAAUAAUAACAAAACAAACAGUUCAUAAAAUAAUAAAUACACCAACAUGGUCAAUUAAAAAAUUAAGACAACAAAUAAUUCCAAAACAUUUACAAAUUGAAGAAGAUGAAACAAAAGAAGAAAAAGAUAUUAAAAUUCAUGAUAAGGAAUUAGCUAGGAUUAAAAAGAUUAUAAAAUUAUCAGGUUUCAAUUAUCCUAAAAAUGAAGAAUUAUUACAAAAAUUAUCAAAAUCGUUAGAAAUUCAAAAAAUUUUUAUAAAACAUUUAUAUGAUAAUUCAAUAAAUAAUUCAAAAGAACAAACUAAUAAAAAAGAUGAUUCUUUUAAAGAGGAUAAAAAUUUUACAAAAAGAGAUAAAAAAUUACAAGAAUUAUAUCAAUUUAGAUUGAUUUCAAGUGAUCAUUUAAUUCCAAAACCAUUAAAAUUAAAUGAAUUAUUAAAUCAAAUUAGAAAUUUACCUAAUGAAAUUAAUGAUGAAAAAGGUGAGAAAGGUUUUAAUUUUAGUAAAUUAAGAAAUUAG